AUGAUCUCCCCGUGCCCCACUCUCUCCUUCCACUCCUCUGGCUUCUUCUCCCGCUCCGCCUCCUUCUCCCGUCCGGCCUCAUUCUCCCCGAGGCCCAUGUCGCCGCCUGCCUUGCCGGCCGGCCAGGCACCGCCGCCGGUGCUCUCGGCCCAAUUCGCCCACCCCGCCACCUUAUCCCGCUCCGCCUUCUUCUCCACAUCUGACGUCGCUGUGCUGGUCCGCGACGCCUCCUCCUGCUUCUACGAGGUGCUAGGCCUGGACGCCGGUGCGAGCGACGGGGAGAUCAAGGCCGCGUACCACUGUCUAGCUCGCGCUGUCCACCCGAACGUGUCCCUGCACCCUGCCACAUCCGCCGACGACUUUAUACGGGUGCACGCCGCCUAUAGCAUGCUCUCCAACCCCAGCAAGCGCAACGACUAUGACCGCCGCAUGAUCAUGAUCCCCUCUGCCGUCGGCUGCCGCAGCGGCCCGAACCUCGCCCGCUCGCCAUCGUUCACCGGGUGCCGCCGCCGCACCUGGGAGACCGACCAGUGCUGGUGA